UGUCCGUAAAGACAAAUACUCUUUAAUACCUUACAUUAUAUAUAUAGAAGCUUUUGUGUGUAUUUUUUCAAGAGCACAAACACGUUCAAAAUAUUGAAUACUGAGAGAGACUCAUAACAGAAAGAGAAGAGAGAUGAACAACCGGCACAAACAGAUUGAAUCCGGUUCUGGCUCCGGAGAUAACCGCCGGAUGUACGACUGUGACAUCUGCAUGAGAGGCUUCACGAGUCCUCAAGCCCUCGGUGGUCACAGAAACAUCCACCGUAAGGAACGUGAAAGAAACCUCUCCUCGUCCUCUUCAUCUUCUCACUCAUUUCCAUUUUCUAUGCCAUCAUCCCGAAACUACACAAACCCUAAUUACAGCAACCCACCUCCAUAUUUUCCAACAAAUGAGUCAUACCAUCAUCAAACUUUUCAGCCACCAAUUAACCCUAGCUACAACGCACAACGCUUUGGAACAACACCAUCAUCCGGAGGAGGAAACUAUGCUCAAGGGGAGUUUCUUGGUCUCGAUUUGAGCUUACGGCUCGGAUCCGUCAACGUCGGUAACGACUCUCACCGGAGCCUACCGGAUGCUGAAGAUUCUAAGCCUGAUCAAGAUGAUGAUCUUGAUCUUGAUCUUCGACUUGGAGGUCAUCAACAUCACUAAGUAUCUACGGUUUCUCUGACCUUUAAUUCACGUAACUAAAUACAGUUUAUAUUGCGCUGAAGUUGAUCGCCUUAUAAUGCAUGCAUGAUGUUUAUAAUUGUGUUUUAAUGUAUAGUUAAUGUGUUGAUCUGUGGAUAAAGUGUGUUUGAGUGAUGUUUUUUUUAUCAUUUAACGUUGUUUGAAGCUUAGUUUGUAUUCAAGACUAUAUUACUUCUUGGAUAACUUUAUAUGAUUUGUAGAUCUAUAGAUCAAAUAGGUUUGAGCAGUGUUUAUGAAGUAUGGGUUUGUAUAAUUCAAGAUUAUUAUUCUCUUGAAUAAUAUAAAGCAUAUAUAGGUUUGUGUAACGUUCUUAUUUUGUUAUCCUAUAUGAAUUAUGUUUGUAUAGUGUAAGACUAUUAUUCUUAUCAAAUGUUCAAACAAAAAAAAAGACUAUUAUUCUCUUGAUCAACUGUUAUAACUUGAAAAUGUUGUUAUUAUUUAAAGCUAUACCGUAUAUAUGAAGUUUGGGUUUAUAUAAUUCAAUACAUUAAUAUCUUGGAAAGUAAAUAUAUAUAUUGAUGAUUACAAAUUUUCUUUGACUACAAAUUUCUCUAAGAGAAACUAGUGUGAAUGUAUCCGAAUUGCAAUGGAAUAAACAUUAGAUGCGUUUUAAUCAUCGGUUGGUGAUGGUAAUAAAUUAUACCAUUAGGAAAGAAAUUCAAAUAUAGAAA